AUACAGGUCUGCACUUGUCCUCCAUUAAUAAAUGUUCCUUGCAAAUCGUCGGCUAGUGCUGACGGUAAUGAUACGCGGAAUCAACUUUUAACCACGUCGCACUACGCGGCCUUGAUGAACAUUCAACCCUUGGGUAACUGACCAGACCAAACCCUUUCACUGCGACCUUAUCAUGAUGGAAGCUCCGGAGGCGUGUAAGUGUGCGAUGGAGCGAGAGAGUAUAAUAGGCUUAAUUGAACCGGCCGCGUGCACGCCACUGAGCGCUCAUUAAUCGUCGCAUUCAUCAAGACGAUUGUCACAUCGUUGUCUUUUUACUAAUCGUCUAGUACAUAGUACCACCCAGCACUCCGUAAUCGCUCCCCCAGUUCCUGAUAUAACGUACACGAUGUCGAUCCGAUGGACAUGCCUAUCAUCUCUCCCAACUAAAGCACGAUCAUCCCACUGUGCUUCUAUCGCGAAUAAAGGCACCCUAUUGCUAUAUGCUGGCGAGUUCCAGCCACGCAAACCUGUGGAUGGAGACGUUCACGUAUUUGAUCUGAACAGCGCCAUCCAGCAAUCCGUAGCGGAUAGUGCUGGCUUAUGGCGUACCUUGUCCGCAUCGUCGAAGCCGGAACCCCGAGUGGGCGCGACAACGGUGUUCGAUGGUGAAAGUUUGUACAUGUGGGGUGGAAGGGGGGGCGUUGAUCCGACACCUCUUGACCCCAAGCAAGCGGGCAUAUGGAAGGGGCAGAUAUUGCAGAAUAAAGUAAUAUGGGAGAAGCUCGAAGGCAAGGGCGACGAGCCCGUCACGAGAAGCUUCCACGCUUCCGUCUUGGCUAAUGGAAAAUUGUACAUUCAUGCAGGUUGUCCUGCAUCUGGUCGCCUCUCUACUCUUCAUUCUUAUGAUCUGCAAUCCUCUCUGUGGUCACUCUGUGCAGAUGCGCCCGAUCCUGCCCGUGGUGGCACUGCCAUCGCUUCUGUAAAACUUCCAUCAUCUUCCUCCAAUGAGGAAGUCAUCAUUCGAUUCGGCGGUUUCGCUGGGUACCAACUCCCCACCUCAACACCGCGACCCUUAGAUAUUUACACACCAAGUACCAACUCCUGGACAACCGUCGUACCGUCUGGCGAUCCGCAACAGGGAUAUCCCGGAGCACGCUCCGUCCACGGUCUCGUCCCUCUUUCCACGCCUGAUGGCACGGGAGUCGCAUUGCUCUACCACGGCGAGUCUGACGCCUCCGACCUAGGCCAUGCAGGUGCCGGGAAAUUUUGGGACGAUGCCUGGGCGCUGGUGUGGCGCGAAGGUGGGCUAAGGUGGAAGAAGUUAAUAAUAGAAGGUGAUUCGACUCCGGAGGGCCGUGGCUGGUUCCCCUCAACGUCCUAUACCGCUCCUGGAGGUGGUACCCGAGUAGUUCUCUCGGGUGGCCUUCUUAGUUCGAACGAGCGUAGUGGAGAGGUGUGGGUUGGCGAUGUCCAAGUCUGAGCUCUGCUUUCGAUCUGAAAGAUAUGUGCGCUCUGAAUCGUGCUAAAUAUGGUUGGAGUUGCGAUAAGGAUGGGAGCUAUGGCUGUCCACGAUCUUGUGUUUUUUCCCCAAGCCUUCAUUUCAGAAUAAUCAAUUUUAAAACCAUGAUUUCUCUUUUCGUUUACUCUAGCAAAUCAGGUUGAUAUCGUGGUACCGUAGAAUGUAACCGAUGUGUUCAGUUACACACAACCUAACAAUGGUCGAUGCAUCAAUGAAUGAAUGACCUCUGAUCUGAACUCA